GCCCGCGCGACGCGCCCAGUUCCAAGGUUUUUAACAGCGGUAGUAUCAACGGACAUGACAAAGUUCCCAAAUCCAGGACUACUGAGGUUGUGGAGAUGGACUGAGGGUUGUGUCAGUGUGUGUGUGUGAGUGAGUGACGCGUAAUUCAGAGUGCAAAGACACAGAGAGACGUCAUUGUCCCGCGUCCCAUUGUAACAUAGCUACGCGGCUCUGAGACCACUGUACGCGGGGGGAACACACAGCCAUAACGGGUACCUCCCCAACCAACGCGGCUCUGAGACCACUGUCCGCGGGGGGAACACACAGCCGUAACGGGUACCUCCCCAACCAACGCGGCUCUGAGACCACUGUCCGCGGGGGGAACACACAGCCAUAACGAGUACCUCCCCAACCAACGCGGCUCUGAGACCACUGUCCGCGGGGGGAACACACAGCCGUAACGGGUACCUCCCCAACCAACGCGGCUCUGAGACCACUGUCCGCGGGGGGAACACACAGCCAUAACGAGUACCUCCCCAACCAACGCGGCUCUGAGACCACUGUCCGCGGGGGGAACACACAGCUGUAACGGGUACCUCCCCAACCAAUGCGGCUUCGCAUACGCGUCCCUCUAUUGAUUUGAAUGUGUUGACAAUUGGAGAAAUAGCUUGAGCUGCAUUGAGAAUUACAAAAGUAUGAAGGCCAAUGGUCCAAUAUUCUAGAAUACUGCUGUGCGUGCACAUUUUGGACUCUGUUAGACGUGUGUGUGUGUGUGUGUGUAAGAGUUUGAGUAACCUGCGGUAACAGACAUGCCCAAACCUGAUCUACUGUGUUUGGUUCAACUACUGGACAACACUAUCCAGACCUUUACAGUCAACAAGCAGGAUGCAGGUGAGGUUUUGCUGGAGCAGGUGUGUAAUCAGCUGGGUCUGCUGGAGAGACACUUCUUCAGUCUGCAGCUACGAGACUCCAACACCACCAUCGUCACUCAAACACACUCUCCUAGGUGGCUGGAGGCCAACAAACCACUGAAGAAGCAGCUGAAAGGAGUUGUCUCUCCAUUCUACCUGACCCUCCGAGUCCGAUUCUUCAUCUCAGACCCCAACUCUCUACAGCAUGGCCAGACCAGACAUAUGUACUUCCUCCAGAUCAGGAGUGACAUCAGAGAGGGCAGGUUGAAGUGUCCUCUGAGUGCAGCUGUGGUACUGGCCUCCUAUGCUGUGCAGUCUGAGCUAGGUGACUACUCCCCAGACCUUCUCCCUGGUUACCUGUCCAAAAGCCACUUCCUCCCGGAGCAGGAUGAUGACUUCCUGUCUAGAGUGGAGGCUCUGUACCCAGGGCACAGGGGGCUGAAGCAGAGUGAUGCAGAGCUGUGUUUUCUCAACACAGCAAGAACUCUGGAGCUGUAUGGAGUGGAGCUACACACUGCCAUGGACUCCAACAGUUCCCCUCUAUUGGUGGGAUUGGCCUCAGGGGGCGUGGCUAUCUUCUGUAACAUGAUUUGCUCCAGUUUCUUCCCCUGGGUGAACAUCAUCAAGAUAUCCUUCAAGAGGAAACGCUUCCUUAUGCAGCUCAGACGCAAACAUGGGGAGACGCAGGACUGUGUGGUGAGCCUGGUCCUGCCGUGCCCCAGGGCCUGUAAGAACCUGUGGAGGUCAUGUGUGGACCAUCACUGCUUCUUCCACACCAACCUGGCAACCCGUAGCCCACACCACACCAACCUGGCAACCCAGAUACACAACAAGCUGCUCUCACAACACUGGGCCUUGGGCAACACUAAAACAGACAGUGGUCCAGUGUGUAAGAAAGUGAUGGGUGGGAUGGAGUGGAACCCAGCUCUGAGGGGAUCCACCUCGUCAGAACACCUGGAGACCAAGAGCCUACCUUCCCGAUCCCCCCCGCUCACACCCAAGUGGCGGAGUCCUCGUGUGCGUCAUGGCGCCCGUAAACCCCGCCCCUCCUCAGUGGAGCUGAACAAUGACUUGCGAGACGUGUCGGAGGGGGAGGAUGUCUUUUACACCUACAGGGUCUCCCUCAGCAGCAGCAGGGGCAGCCAGGAGGGCACGCCUACACACAGUGUUUCUGGCACUCACAGCCAAGGAGGUGGAUGGUCGCAGGUUGAUGACAUCGGCACAGGAGAGGAAGACAUUAAGGACACCUCACACUACCGGGACAAGCGUGCUCUGGGGGAUGGCGACCUGCUAUUGGUGCGUCUCGCUCCUGAUCACGACGGAAAGUUUGGUUUCAAUGUCAAAGGUGGCGUGGACCAGAAGAUGUCCCUGGCCAUAUCCCAGGUCAACCCUGACUCCCCUGCGGGGCGGGUUGAGCCAAGGUUGUUGGAAGGUGACCAGGUCGUGCUGAUCAACGGUCGUGACAUCUCUGAACACACGCAUGAUCAGGUGGUCAUGUUUAUAAGAGCCAGCAGAGAGUCCCACUCCAGAGAACUGGCUCUGCUUAUACGACGCAAAGGUCCAGGGCGUGUGGCCCCCCUGCUGCAGUUUCCCUCUGCCCUGUCUCUGACUGGUCAAUCACACGGUGAACCACUGCUUCUGCCUGGCCAAUCAGAACAAGGCCAGACACUUGAAGAGUCCAUGAAACAACUGGAGAGGGGGAUCCAGACAGGCACUCUCACCUUCCACUUCGAGAACCUGUACAUGAGGAAGCCUGGCCUGUCAGUAGCCUGCGCUCGUCUCCCUGAGAACACAGACAAGAACAGAUACAAGGACGUGCUGCCCUACGACGUCUCCAGAGUGGUACUUCAGGACCAAGAGGACUACAUCAAUGCAAGCCACAUCACGGUGGUGUCCCCAGGGUCUGGUGUGUGUCUGCGCUACAUUGCAGCUCAAGGACCGCUGCCUCAGACCUGCACUCACUUCUGGCAGAGUGUGUGGGAGCAACACACACACACCAUCAUCAUGCUCACCACACUCACCGAGAGAGGACGGACUAAGUGCCACCAGUACUGGCCACACCCUCCUGAAGUGAGGGAUUAUGGGUACCUGAGGGUCAGCUGCCACUCUGAGGAAUGCAACCUGGCCUAUGUCACACGCCAAUUCACCCUAACACACACACAGCUGGGAGAGGAGCGUUCGGUGACCCACCUGCAGUAUGUAGCAUGGCCAGACCAUGGUGUACCUGAUGACCCCUCAGACUUCCUGCUGUUCAUCACCUCUGUUAGAGAGAGGAGGACAGGAGACACACCACUUAUGGUGCACUGCAGCGCAGGGAUUGGGCGUACAGGUGUUCUCAUUACCAUGGAGACGGCGUUGUCGCUGUUGGAGAGCGGUCGACCUGUGUUCCCUCUGGACAUCAUCAGGACGCUCCGAGACCAGAGGGCCAUGAUGAUCCAGACCACGUGUCAGUUCCGGUUUAUGUGUGAGGCCAUCCUGCGUGUCUACAGAGAGAGAGAGGAGAGCAUUCUACAGCACCACCCUCAGCACUGCUAACGGACCAUUAACAGGAGGAUGGGGGGACAGCUAGCCCCAGCACUAGGCUAACAGGAGGAUAGGGGGACAGCUAGCCACAAUGCUAGGCUAACAGGAGAAGAGGACUGCUAGGCUGUAGCCUUAGAGAGCCAUAGCAUUCCACUAGCCUUAAGUGCUCGGCAACAGCUAGCCUUCUGUUGCUACAGCACAUAAUGAGCCAUAGUGCCGAAUGUGCUCAGCUAGUCCGAUCCUUAUGUUAGCCAUAGAGCACCGCUAGCAGGGAAGGACUAUGUACUAUAAAGGUCUCUCUUUUUUCUUCUCUGGGACCAAAGUGCUACUGUAUGAGUGACUGAAGACUGUAUCUCAGUUCCUCCUGAGUGGCGGCUAUAGGAUUGACUGGUCUGUCUGUAUUGUUGGGAGAGUGUUGAGGCUUUCGGUGGAUUCACAGUAGAGACGAACACUGCCAGAGCCACCACACACUACCCCACGCUCCACCUUCCCUAAAUUAUUGACACACUGAAUAAACACACUGACAUCUA